GGUAAAUCCAAACGUAUCUCAAGCAUAACACUUAUGCGGUUGUUUUUAGAGUCGCCUAUUUAAAGACACCCUCCUUUUUCUUUUUGUUGACUCUACAUAAAUAAAUAUAUUUAUCAUCUCAUGCUACUCGAUCAGGAUCAAAAAGGACUGUUGAGUAUACGACUUGAAAGAGAAAAACCAGGACCGAUUCAAGAACUAGAGAAAGCGAUCGAGGAUGCUGUUUCUGAUCUUCCUUUAGGCAAGGCUUUACACUUACUAUUAAAUGUACACCGACACGUCUUUGAUAAAGCAGUGGAUACGAUUCAGACAUGCGAUGCCUCUCAACUUGUACUUGCUAUGACUGACUCACCUACUGUCCGAGCCAUUGUUUCAAUCGAACAUUAUCUAUUACAAAACGAUAUUACUACCAGCUUUCAGCAUGUGUAUGUGCCUCUAAAAGAAAAGAUCCUCAAAAAGAACACACAAGCCAAUACGCCUGCUAUACGCAUCAUUGGCUAUUUUACAUUGCAAUCCAAACAGACAACAGACCAAGUUCAGGCCAUUUUAAAGAACGAAUUAACUAUGAUGGAAGAUAAACGAUCUCAACUAGCGUGUGUUGUACUCUUACAGUCUCUGUUCUCACAUGUUGCUGGUAAAGAGAGACAUGAUCAGUUUAUAAUAGACCUUGUGCCUCUGUUGAUCCAUAUUGCAGAGAAGCAAUCCAAGCCUACGCUACUAGCAUGUUCUUCUUGUGAACUAGCCAUUCAGUUGCUCCAAUCUAUUUUGACUCAACCAGCACAUCCUAUCAUAGGAAAUACUAAAAUUCAGGUUGUUGAAGAAGUGAAUACCAUAAACCACUUGUCAACAAGCUGGCAUCAAAUAGGCAGAGUCUUGUUUGUCUUAGAAAAGUGGCAUGCUCAAAAGGGACCUUUGGAAGCAGCAGCCUAUCAGCAACUACAUCAAAUCUUACAACACAAAGACCAUCUUCUUAUGUGGAAUGAGCUCUUUGUCUGGUUAACUCCAAAAGCCGUUGCCACUGAGAAGCCAAUCUCAUUCAAAAAGCAGAAAAAGAUACUUGCGUCUGUCCAUUUGCAGUUUGCUAAACUUGUUGUACUGACACUACUCCAAAAGGGGGAAUGGUACCAUCUGUCUACUGUCCAUAGCACUGAGCAAGACGAAAUCGAAACCCACAUACAAGAAGAAUACAACACACUUUUGUCUAUGGAUAGCCCCUUCCUUGUGUUGCUGCCUUCAUUGAUUGCUACUUUACCACAUCUAUUUUCAACAGAGAAUGUGUGUCAUCCUGCACUGAUACAGACCAUACUAGAUCAGACAACAGAUACAACAUCUAUCAAAAGAUUAGUGCCCAUGGUGCUCAAAGAGCCUGAAUCGCCUAUUUGUAAUGCACUGUGGCAUAUUGCACAACAAGACGACAGAGCAGACUUUUCUUUCCGUUUGUUGACUUGUUUGAUUCAACAAGAUUCAGAAUCAGUAUUGUCUAUUUUACAAGGUAAUCUUAUACCGCUCAUAAAGAGUAGCGACAAGGCUUGUGAACUAUUGAUUGAAUGCAUGUCUUUUAUACGUUUACCUAUUCUUAUUCAAAAACUCAUGAAAAAGGCAAUCCAAGCCAAGGAGAACGAAAGAGAGAGAAUGACUUAUAUUGCACUCAUCUCAAAGGCUUUGUUGCAUGAGACAUGGAAAAGUGAUAGUAUUUUGUACUAUAUUGAAUUGCUUAGGUUAGCGAGUAUGACGGGAAGAGAUUCAAGGACUCAUAUGUUAGGUUAGAGAUAUCAAGGCUAAAAAGAGUAUUUGCAUGCCUUCAUUACAGCCCAUAAGAACACCCAAAGAAUUGUAUCCUAUUCAACAAGCACAAGAGGAAAUGAGCGAAUCACAAGUGUCUGAAUUGAUCCAUACUGUACUUGUUGCUCCUAUUCAGUUAUGGUCUAGCAAAAUAGAUCAAGAGGCCUUCAAGUCUUGUUUAGUCCAACUUGUCCAUUAUUCAUAUGGUAUACCCCGAGACAUGAUCUGUAUUGAUGCCUGGAAGAAUCUUUCGUUUGCUUUUAUGAAUCAGCAUCAACUUAUUUGGCCUGUGAUUGAACAAUGCCUUAUUAUCAUGAAAAGACAGCCUAUGUAAGUAACCUAAGGACAGAGCUGAGAUACUGAUGUGCCUAUGUUUAGUAUAACAAAAGAACUAAUUUCGA